CGUUUUAGUUGUCAUUCACCUCGAUUUGAAAUACGAUUCCGCAUUAAUAAUUUCAUUGUUUUAUAUACUUAAAACUGCCCCUUGUCAUUUCGAAUUUGCCGUAAAGUCCUCAAGUUUCUCUGAACCAUCUCGUCACCUGGCUUUUGUACCAUUUUCCAUAUAUAGGUCAAAUAAAUAAAAUAAAUAAAAUAAAAGCUAAUUCCGGAUUGAUUUUCCAUACUUUGUCCCAGAGAGUUCCACAUUCUUUGUGAGUUGUGUCACUUCGGAUGUUCAAGGUGAGUCUGGAGAGGGGGACAAAUAUGUCACAGCCUCCCGACGGGGCAGCAGGAGGAAGAGGACCCAGACAGAGGGCAGCCCUGCAUGCGCUGUGGAGACCAGUGCCCCGGCUUCCGCAUCCACGGAUGGAGGAAGAUCUGCAUGCAUUGCAAGUGUGAGCGAGAGGAGCACGCCGUCCGCUCAUUGCCCGGCCAGCUGGAGAAGAUGAUGACAAAGCUGGUGUCAGACUUCCGCAGGCACUCCAUCUCCGACGACGACUCGGGCUGCGCGUCUGAGGAAUACGCCUGGGUUCCGCCCGGCCUCAAGCCUGAGCAGGUCUACCAGUAUUUUAGCAGUUUGCCAGAGGACAGGGUGCCUUUUGUGAACAGCGUAGGGGAACGAUACCGAAUCAAGCAGCUGCUGCACCAACUUCCUGCCCAUGACAGUGAGCCGCAGUACUGCAACUCGCUAAACGAGGAGGAGAAGAGGGAGCUACGUUUGUUCAGCCAGCAGAGGAAACGAGACAAUGUAGGCCGAGGCGUCGUCAGACUCUUCCCCGUCACCAUGACUGGGGCCGUGUGCAAGCAGUGUGGCAGAAAGAUCAGUGGCGGCGACAUCGCCGUGUUUGCCAGUCGGGCGGGAAACGGCACUUGUUGGCACCCUCAGUGUUUCCAGUGCGCCUGCUGCAAUGAGCUGCUGGUCGACCUCAUCUACUUCUACCACGACGGACGCAUCUACUGCGGCCGGCAUCACGCUGAGAGGCUCAAGCCACGAUGUCAAGCCUGUGAUGAGAUUAUUUUUGCAGACGAAUGCACAGAGGCAGAAGGGAGGUUCUGGCACAUGAAGCACUUCACCUGUUUUGAGUGCGAGGCAGCACUGGGCGGUCAGCGUUACAUCAUGCGAGAGUGCCGGCCAUACUGCUGCUCCUGCUAUGAGUCCCUCUAUGCGGAAUACUGUGACACCUGCGGAGAACAAAUAGGCAUCGGCCAGAGCCAGAUGACAUAUGAGGGUCAACGCUGGCACGCCUCUGAGUUUUGUUUCUGUUGUGCCCGUUGCCGCCUGCCUCUGCUGGGUCGCCCUUUCCUACCUCGACGGGGGCUCAUCUUCUGCUCCAGGGCCUGUUCACUCGGGGAUGACCCUGAUAACUCGGACUCCUGCGACUCGGUCAUCCCGAUCCGACCUCUUCAGCAGAAACGCUGCGGGCCGGGCCAGCGUCACCAGCAACUGCAGUGCGGUUCUCCAUUACAACCAGUUAUGAGUGGUGUCAACUGCUUGACUCCAGUUGAAAAUGGAGUUUCUUCGCAUGGAUGUGUUGGUCAUCCAAGAGGCUCCUAUUCACCUCUUCCCCACAUCAAUCAAGGGAAUGGCCUGGGACUCUCUUGGCCUGGCAAUCUUCCGCAUUACACUUUACUGCCAGACGGUGGCAAGAUGAAACCACCUGUGGAUGACCUUUCAAACGGACAUUCGGGACCUUCUCUGACAAGUCUGUGUUCAAGAGGAACCUCAACCAAUCAAGAUUGUAGGAACUGGGUGGAAAAGACCAAUCAAGUCAUGAAAGACUCUCUCCAGAUAAUCAUGACGUCACACUCCGACACAUGUCCUGAACCGCCUCCACUUCCCAUCAAGUGCAGAGACCUCGUACUGCAAGAAUCGUCUCCUCUGAACACCCCUCAGCCAGAGGACAGACGCCCCGACUCACCACGCCUGCUGUCUCGAAGUGGGACGGCGAGGGUCAGCUUCCGAGAACCAAUCAGCAGCAGCUACUCCGUUGAGGAGGAAGAGGAGCACCAAGAGGAGCCACAAAAAAAUAACGACAGCCCUCAGGAGGAAGAUGAGUUGGAAGGAGGGUUUGGAGGCAGGUUGCAUCUGCACAAAGGAAUCCCGCCACAGAUCAAUCGACUGGAUGGCUCCUCUUAUCAGCAGCGCAGUCUACGGCAAGGGUGGAAUGGUCGCUGCGUUUCAUCCGAUUCCUCCUGUGCCCCCCCGGCCUUGGCCAGUCACUCGCGGGUCGAACGCCCUCAACUGGACACUGCAGAGUGUCGAGUCAAGAGAGAAAGUGACGCGUCCUCACUGGUCCUGCGGUCGUUCCGGCGCAGGCACGAAGACUCGUGCUCCACAUGCUCAUCUUCAUCCGACUCUGAGCAGGAGGGCUUCUUCCUUGGACAGCCCAUCCCACUGCCGCCGCAACUACGAAAAAGUCGAGGUGAAAAAGACGGCGAAGAAGAAGAAGAAGAAGAAGAGCCAACUCGAUGGGGACUGAGGGACAGUUUCAGACGCAGAUGUUCUCACAGUCUUGGUGCUAAGGACAAAGAUAAAAAUUGCUCGGUCUCUUGACCCCAACAUCAGAAGAUCAGUUUUUCAGGUUUUUCUAUUUAUAGGUAUAGAGUUAUCCCUCGUUUAUCGCAAAAACUUACCUUCCAAAAAGUACCCGUGAUAAGUGAAAUCUGUGAAGUAGUCAUCUUUAUUUUUACAAUUAUUACAUUUACAAAACAAUACUGUAUUGAAUGAAAUCAAAGGUUAAACUUUUUUUCAGGCCCAAGCAUUUAAAACACAAAAAACAAAAAUAGAAAUAUUUUCUUACAAACAACUGACAGUUUUUAGGAAUACUGUGCAGAAAGUUUUGUCGACAUGGUGGGUUUUGUCAUGGAGAGAAUUUGGCAAGCUCUACAGUGAUGCGGUGUGGAGACUGUUGACAUUAAUCUACAGUCCCUUAGCCAAUCAUGAUGCAGAACACAGUGCACUGUAAAAAACAAAAAAAAUGUGAGGGAUUACCAUACUGUAUUUUUGUAUGAAAUCAACAUUUUUGCAUUAUUCAACAAACUACUGGGCACAUAAUUAAUUAAAUCCAACUGCAAAUAUUGUCAUUUAGAGUGUUCAUUUGCAGGAGCUGGAUAAAAUACCAUAAAAAGUUUUUUUUUUUUUGGUUGGUUUUUUUUUUUUGAGAGCUAGUCAUUUAUUAAAAAUGCCAUUAUUAUGCAAAGACAAGAUUAUAUCCAUGGCAAGUGUCAAUAUGCAAUUUAACAUGAACCAACUGUAAAAAAAAUAUAUGUAUGAUGUAAUAGUACUCAGUGUAUAUUGCCAUAGUUCAACCAUUCUUUUGUCGUGCUUAACUGUUAACACACACACACACACACACAAAAACUUGAGUGAAGAUUUUUAUAGUGGCAAUAAAUAUGUCCUGGUAUUUGGUUCGGCUUAUUGAUUCUUUAUCCACUGAACAUGCUAUUGAAAACACCACAUUGCAUUAUCAGGUGUCUUGUUUAAAAGAUGCAUUAAUUUGAUUUGAUUUUCCUGUUUGUGUGUUUGCUGUAGUACCGUGAGAAAAGCCAUAAAGGGACAAAGACCU